AGUCAUGAGAACUUGGCUAAGUUUUGUGGGGCUACUGUUGGCCGGAUCAGCUCUUUUCUGCUCCUCGGAAGCUAUGCGGCUGAGAGGAGAGCCGUAUCCGGGUCUGGCGAAUUUGAACAGACUAAGGACGAGUGCGAUGAGCGCCAGUGGACCUGAGGGUCGUGUGGCUGGAGGCACCGCCCCCGCCACUGGCACCUGGCCCUGGAUCGUGUCCAUCCAGAACAUCUACUCGUACCAUAUCUGCUGCGGCGUCAUUGUGGACAAACGGCAUGUGGUCACCGCCGCCAGCUGUGUCUCCGGGCUGAGGGCCAGGAACCUGAUCUGCGUCAGCGGCACCAAUGACUGGUGGAAUCUGACGGCACCCUACUACCAAGUGGAGAAGAUCCACACCCACUGCAACUUCGACAAGCCGCUCUACCACAACGAUAUCGCGCUGCUGCAGCUCUCCGAGGACAUUGUGUUCGACAACCUGACUCAGAACAUAACCCUGGCGGACAUUGACGAGUUGCAGGAAGGCGAUGUGCUAACCAUGGCUGGGUGGGGCGCCUCCGAGGCUCAGGGCACCUACGAAAGGUACUUGAAUCAGGCAUCCGGCACGUAUCUGCCCGUAGACAAGUGCCGGGACAAGUUGCAGAACCAGGAUGAUGUGGAUCUGGGUCAUGUGUGUGUCCAAAUGAAUGUGGGCCAGGGCGUCUGUCAUGGCGACACCGGAGGUCCCCUGAUUGACCAGCAAAACCGUCUGGUGGGCAUCGGCAAUUGGGGCGUUCCCUGUGCUCGUGGCUAUCCGGAUGUUUAUGCCAGAGCUGCCUUCUACAACGAUUGGAUUCGCACCACCAUCAACGGGUGUACAAUCUCCUAGACAUUGGACACGUAUUAUCUAUGCACUGAGGGAAAAAACUUGUAUAAUAAUUCCUCAAAUUUUUAUGAUAAAUACAAAUAAACAGCUAAAAUAAA